AUGUAUAAGUUGAAUUUAAAAUCUAAGAAUAAGCAAAUGAAAACAUUAAGUGAAAAUAUCAAAAUAGCAUGCUUUAUAGCAAAAGCUGUCAUAUCGGCUAAAGAAAAACAAUCAAGUUUAACAAAGAAUUUCGUUGAAACUGUCCAAAAUGAAUCUGCAAAAGUAUUAAAACAGAACGAAAGCUACCAAAAAGUUAUUGAAGAAUUAACGAAAGAAAACACUAUUAUGCAUAAUAAGAUCGACAAUCUACAUAAUUGGAUUCAGUUGGGUUAUGAAAAAGUGCGGAAUAUUUGUAACGAACCUUUAGAAGAUUUAAACUUGUUUACGAAAUUUAAAAAAAUAAUAAUAUACUGCGGUCAAUACUAUGCUGAUUAUCAAAAUGAAAACCAGAAAUGUAAGCAAUUAGAACAAAAAAUUAGAUUUUACCAAAACAAGUUGAAAAUACUAGAAAGUAAUUUAAAAAUUGUUACUGAUGAACUCAAGAACAUUCGUUAUCAAAACAUGAAAUUAAAACGCCAAAAGAAAUAUAAGGAACAAAUAUGUUUUUUAUCGAAUAUUCCUAUUACUUAUUCUCAAAGUCCAAUUCAAGAGAAACUUUAUAAUACUACCUCUCAGAAAAACAUCCAAACAAUUCAUGAAUCAAGAAAAGAAUCGAAAUAUAAACAAUUUGACUUAUCGUCACAUUUUCUGUUAGUUAAAAAUUUACUUAUUGAUCAGGAGUCUAUGCUUGAAAAUUUAAAUCAAUUGUCUAAGGAUCUAAAUUAUUUUGAAUUAUAA